AGAAACGCCAGAGUGGGAACCUCUUCGGUGUUGCCCAGAUCAGGCACUAACAAUGGACACUCAACAGGACGUUCAACCCCCAAAGCAGCAGCCAAUGAUAUAUAUCUGUGGAGAAUGUCACACAGAAAAUGAAAUUAAAUCCAGGGAUCCAAUCAGAUGUAGAGAAUGUGGAUACAGAAUAAUGUACAAGAAAAGAACUAAAAGAUUGGUGGUUUUUGAUGCUCGGUAAAACAUGGGAAUUCAGAAAAGUG